AUGCUCGGGAGUUGGCAAGACAGCCAACCACAGACACGGCAAUUUCAGCCGGUGAAUCCCAGGGUUGCAUCAAUCGCUCAGGAUAGCGCUUGUGCACCAGGGACUGACUCAUUGUUCAGUCAAGGGAUCCACGACUCCACGGGGAUGUCCGCGCUGCCUCGACAGGGGAACGUUAACUACACUCCGCAACUAAGUGAUGCACGCCACGCCACUUCAAGUCAGCCUGAUGUCGUCAGCACAAGUCCGAGGAGGACGGGGGCAGAAGGACGGGAGGCGUUCAAUCCGUAUAGCUGGAGUGCUAGUUAA